AUGAUCUAUGUUCAUGAAUCAGCUGAGGAGAUGACGGGAGCAUCGCAGAGAGAUCUGGGGCUCUUAAGGCGACAAUUUGCUUUGCGCACCCAAACGCGCUGCCGCAACCUGGGGUGGGAAGCGGGCGACUUACAGAAAACCACUCCAGAAAAAAAAAAAAAAAAAAAAGUGGAAAACCAGAAGAAAUUUGAAGCAAGGACAGACGCACGGGAGGAGGAAAAGCCAAGCCCCGGGUGCGGGCAAAGCGGCCACCUGGGCGGGGGCGGUGGGCGGCAGCGCCUUGCCCGCCCCCCUGGCGGCCCGGCUCGGCUCGGCCCGGCCCGGCCCGGCCCCGUCGGGGCGGAGCCCGGGGCCGUUUCAUUGAGCGGCACGGGGCGCGCCGUCGGGGCGGCGGGCGAGGAGGGGGCCGCGCUGCUGCUGCCGCCGCCGCCGCCGCGGAGCCCCGAGGGGGCGGGCGUGUCCUGUGCUUUCCGUUACAAUGGGCUCUCCUUUGUCUACCUCAUCUACCUCCUGCUCAUUCCUCUGUUUUCAGAACCCACAAAAACAACGAUGCAAGGGCAUACAGGACGAUUAUUAAAAUCUCUGUGUUUCACCAGUCUAUCAUUCCUGCUGCUGCACAUCAUCUUUCAGAUUACAAUAAACAGUCUUGAAGCUGGAAAAACUAUUGAACCUGGUUUUAACUGUUCAACAUGGGAGAAAACAUUACGGCAGAUUGGUUUUGAAAGUGUGAAAGGAGCAGAUGCUGGCAACGUGAUCAGACUAUUUGUACCAGACAUUGGGAUGUUCAUUGCUAGCCUGUCAAUAUGGCUCCUCUGCCGCAGCAUGGUUCGGAAGCCAGUAACUGAGGACGCAGCACAGUGCAACACACAAUUUGAAAAUGAGGAAAUGGCUGUAAGAGAAAAGUUGGAGCCAGAUGAUGCUUUGAUGUAUGAAGAAGAUCUGGAUGAUGAAGACGGUGUUGAAGCAGAAUUUGAGGAAACGAUGAAAUUAAAACUGCUGCGUAGAAUCGCCUCCCUAGCAUCCAAACUGAGGGAGUUUAUUGGCAACAUGAUAACCACCACUGGAAAAGUUGUUGUUACAAUUUUACUUGGUUCAGCAGGUAUGAUGGUGCCAUCUUUGACCUCAGCUGUGUAUUUCUUGGUAUUUUUGGGCCUGUGCACAUGGUGGUCCUGUUGCCAAGUAUUUGAUCCGCUGAUAUUCAGCUGUCUGUGUGUAUUAAUGGCUAUAUUCAGUGCGGGGCACAUAAUUGGGCUUUAUCUGUACCAGCUACAGUUCUUCCAGGAGGUUGUUCCACCAAAAGAUUUCUACGCCAGGUUGUUUGGUGUCACUUCUCUUACUCAGACAAACUGCUCAAGCACUUGGAUGAUCAUCAAAAAUCAAGAGUUGCAUUGGUAUCACCAUGCUAAUCCAAUCUUACUGCUGGUGAUGUACUACACCCUCGCAACUCUAAUCCGCCUUUGGCUACAAGAGCCCAUUCAGAUACCUGACGAAGAAGAGAAAUCUGAUAGCAGAGAGGAUGACAAAGAAAUAGCCUGCAGCCCAAUUCCAAUGACAGCGGAGAGAAGACGCAGUCUGUGGUAUGCAAGCCACUAUACAACUGAUGAGAGAAAAGUUCUGCUGGUAACAGUGAAUGGGAACCCUUCUGACUAUCACACCAUCCACCCCACACUGCCAUUAGAAAAUGGUCCAGCCAAAGCAGACCUGUACUCAACACCACAGUACAAAUGGGAGCCUUCGGAUGACAUGUCAGAAAAGGAAGAGGAGGAAGGAGAAGAAGAGGAAGAAGAAGUUACCCAGGAGGAAAAAGAUGAUGUUAAAUUGCAUGCCCUUGUCUCUGUGUUCCAAUUUAUCAUGAAACAGAGUUACAUUUGUGCCCUGAUAGCUAUGAUGGCAUGGAGUAUCACAUAUCACAGCUGGUUGACUUUUGUGCUAUUGAUCUGGUCUUGUACACUGUGGAUGAUUCGUGACCGAAGGAAAUAUGCCAUGAUCAGUUCGCCGUUCAUGGUUUUCUAUGGAAAUCUACUGCUAACAUUGCAGUACAUAUGGAGUAUUGAGCUCAAGAAUGAUGAGCUUCCUCAAGUAUCGGGUUUUUUAGAAAGAAAGGAACCUGGGGAGUUGGCAUCAAAGAUCCUUUUCACGAUUACUUUCUGGCUACUGCUUAGGCAACACCUCACUGAACAGAAAGCACUUCAGCUGAAAGAAGCUACUUUAUCUGAGGUCAAAGUCAGAAGUGAAGAAGAUGAAGAAAAAGAAGAGGAGUUGCGAGAGGGAGAAGUGGCAGAAGAAGAAGAGGAGGAGGAGGAAGAAGAAGAUGAUGAUGAGGAUGAACAGGAUAUUAUGAAAGUUCUGGGGAAGCUGGUGAUGGCUAUGUUCAUCAAGUACUGGAUUUACGUCUGUGGGGGCAUGUUCUUCUUUGUCAGCUUUGAGGGUAGAAUUGUCAUGUACAAAAUCAUCUAUAUGGUACUGUUCCUGUUCUGUGUGGCCCUCUACCAGGUGCACUAUGAAUGGUGGAGAAGGAUUUUAAAGUAUUUUUGGAUGUCAGUGGUUGUUUACACGAUGUUGGUACUUAUCUUCAUCUAUACAUACCAGUUUGAGUCUUUCCCUGGGUUGUGGAAGAACAUGACAGGCCUGGAUGAAAACAAACUAGAAGACCUUGGUUUAAAAAGGUUUUCUGUGGCUGAGCUAUUCACACGCAUCUUUAUCCCCACCUCCUUCCUACUGGCGUGUAUCUUACACCUUCACUAUUUCCAUGACCGUUUCCUCCAGCUCACUGAUUUAAAAGCUGUAACCAGCAAACAGGACAACACUAUUUACAGCCAUGCCAAAGUCAAUGGCCGUGUUUACCUAAUAAUAAAUAGCCUCAAGAAAAAUUUACCAAACCAACAAAAUGAACUGGUGCACCAAGAUGGAAGCCUGCCUGACAUAACUAUGAUGAAUUUAAUAGCCAGCAGUGAAAAGGAAGAGAAUAAAAUGCUGAAAGGGGCUGGUGAGAAAAGAAUGGAAGAGCCAGAUGGGGAGGGAGGGAAAGGGAGGGCAGAAAAAGGAAAAGAAGAAGAAGAGAAGGAUGACGACAAGGAAGAUGAUGAUGAUGAAGACAAUGAGUCAGAGGAAGAAGAAACUACAGACCUAAGGAACAAGUGGCAUCUGGUGAUUGAUCGCCUUACAGUGCUGUUUUUGAAAUUCCUGGAGUAUUUUCAUAAGAUGCAAGUCUGUGUGUGGUGGCUUUUGGAGUUGCACAUCAUCAAAAUUGUCUCCUCUUACAUCAUCUGGGUCACAGUGAAAGAGGUGUCUCUGUUUAACUUUGUGUUUUUAAUUGCCUGGGCUCUUGCUUUGCCAUAUGCUCAGUUUCGCCCACUGGCAUCAAGUAUCUGCACUGUUUGGACAUGUGUGAUUAUUGUCUGCAAAAUGUUGUACCAGCUCACAUCUAUUGAUCCCAGCACUUUUUCCAGUAACUGUACAUUGCCUGGAGAGAACGAAACUAAGGUUGAUAUAGAAGAACUCAAAACCUCAAUCCUCUACAGUGGUCCAGUUGAUCCUGCAGAGUGGGUUGGAUUGAGGAAGUCUUAUCCCCUGCUUGUGUAUUUAAGGAAUAACUUACUGAUGCUGGCUAUUCUGGCUUUUGAAGUUACGAUUUACCGUCAUCAAGAGUACUACAGAUGUCGAAAUAACCUUACUGUACCUGUGACUAAAACCAUUUUCCAUGAUAUUACAAGAGCACAUCUGGAUGAUGGACUGGUAAACUGUGUCAAGUAUUUCAUAAACUAUUUCUUCUACAAGUUUGGUUUGGAGACCUGUUUUCUUCUAUCAGUUAAUGUAAUUGGUCAACGAAUGGAUUUUUAUGCGAUGAUUCAUGCCUUCUGGUUGAUUGCUGUAUUGUAUCGACGUAGAAGAAAAGCCAUUGCAGAGAUCUGGCCAAAAUAUUGCUGUUUUCUGGCAUGCAUCAUUACAUUCCAGUACUUCCUUUGUAUUGGCAUUCCACCUGCUCCUUGUAAAGACUAUCCAUGGAGAAGUGGUAAUGCCAACUUCAACUCAAACAUCAUAAAGUGGUUAUACUUUCCAGACUUCAUUGUGAGACCAAACCCUGUCUUCCUUGUCUAUGAUUUCAUGUUGCUGCUGUGUGCAUCUUUACAAAGGCAAACGUUUGAGGAUGAAAAUAAAGCUGCUGUACGAAUCAUGGCUGGAGACAAUGUGGAAAUUUGUAUGAAUCUUGAGGCAGCAUCUUUCAGCCAGCAUAAUCCUGUUCCUGACUUCAUUUACUGCCGGUCCUACUUAGACAUGUAUAAGGUGAUAAUAUUUAGUUACCUCUUCUGGUUUGUGCUUACUAUAAUCUUCAUAACGGGAACCACAAGGAUCAGCAUAUUCUGUAUGGGCUACUUGGUAGCCUGCUUUUAUUUCCUUCUCUUUGGUGGAGAUCUGCUGCUGAAACCCAUCAGGAGUAUUCUGCGUUACUGGGACUGGCUGAUUGCGUACAAUGUUUUUGUGAUCACCAUGAAGAACAUUCUCUCAAUAGGAGCAUGUGGCUACAUUGAGUCAUUAGUUAAGAAUAGUUGCUGGUUGAUUCAGGCAUUUAGCCUGGCUUGUACAGUUAAAGGCUACCGUAUCCCAACCAGCAAUGUAGAUUGUAAACUGCCUAGUGGAGAAGCAGGAAUCAUCUGGGACAGUAUAUGUUUUGCUUUCCUGCUGCUGCAAAGAAGAGUCUUCAUGAGUUACUACUUCCUUCACGUGGUUGCAGAUAUAAAAGCUUCUCAGAUCCUAGCAUCAAGGGGUGCUGAGCUUUUCCAGGCUACGAUUGUCAAGGCUGUAAAGGCAAGAAUUGAAGAGGAAAAAAAAUCAAUGGAUCAACUGAAAAGACAAAUGGAUCGCAUCAAGGCCAGGCAGCAAAAAUACAAAAAGGGUAAAGAGAGGAUGCUAAGCAUGACACAGGAGUCCUCAGAGGGGCCUGAGAUUCGGAAGGUUUCUGAAGAAGAUGAUGAAGGAGAAGCAGACAAAGAGAAAGCCAAGGGCAAAAAAAAGCUGUGGUGGCGGCCUUGGGUUGAUCAUGCUUCCAUGGUCAGAAGUGGAAAUUAUUAUUUGUUUGAGACGGAUAGUGAAGAGGAAGAGGAAGAGGAGAAAAAAGAAGAGGAAGAGCCUCGAAAAAAGUCUGCAUUUCAGAGAGCUAUUGGAAAAUUUGCUUCAGCCAUUUUAGCCUUGCCAAAGUCUAUCAUUAAACUACCCAAAACUAUUCUUCAAUAUUUAAUCAAAGCAGCAAAGUUUGUUUAUCAGGCCUGGAUCACUGAUCCUAAAACUGCAUUACGACAGAGGCGCAAAGAGAAGAAAAGUUUUCAGAAAGAGGAGAAGCGAAGACGAAAAGGAUCUGGGGAUGGUGGUACUGAUGCAGACUAUGAAGACAGUGAAGAGGAACAUGUCAAGAAGAAAUCUGAUGGACCAGAUAACAUCAUAAAGAGGAUAUUUAAUAUUUUGAAGUUCACUUGGGUCCUUUUCCUGGCAACACUAGACAGUUUUACAGCUUGGCUUAAUUCCAUCUCAAGAGAACACAUCGAUAUCUCUACUGUGCUGAGAAUCGAGCGUUGUAUGCUCACCAGGGAGAUUAAGAAGGGAAAUGUUCCUACCCGAGAGAGCAUCCAUAUGUAUUACCAGAACCAUAUGAUGAAACUUUCCAAGGAGUCAGGACUGGACUCAAUUGAUAAAAAUCCCGGUCAAGCUUCUGGUUUGCAAGCUUCUGAAAGAAUGGAUAGUUUAGAUUCAGCAGCUUCUCGUGACAGUAUCUCCAGCUGCUACACUGAAGCAACCAUGCUGUUCUCAAGGCAGUCAACCCUUGAUGAUUUAGAUGGACCAGACACUGUUCCUAAAACAAGUGAGCGCGCUCGACCUAGGCUUCGUAAAAUGCAGAGCAUGGAUAUGUCCUCCUCAUCAGCUGACAGUGGCAGUAUAGUGUCAAGUGAACCUACACAGGUCACCAUGCUCUAUUCUCGUCAGGGGACGACAGAAACCAUUGAGGAGGUAGAAGGGGAGCAUGAAGAGGAAGGAGCUCAUUCUGCUUCAAGGCAGGAUGAAGAGGAGGUGGAAGAUUAUAGCCUGGGUUCAGAAGGAGCUGCACUUACUCCUGAUACUGAUGUGCCAUUGUACUCCACCGUGGAUAGCAAUGCAGAAGCUCCACCUUCCUAUAGCAAAGCUGUCAGCUUUGAACACCUUCCUUUUGGCUCCCCCGAUGACUCAGCUGGUAAGAGUCUCAUGAUGGUGAGCCCAGAUGACAGUCGGACGGACAGACUUAAUGAUACGAUUCUCCCUCCAUUGACGCAUGAGCUAACGGCUAGUGAGCUGCUUCUGAACAAGAUGUUUCACGAUGAAGAGCUAGAGGAAUCAGAGAAAUUCUACGUUGGUCAGCCUCGAGUCUUGCUUCUUAUUUAUGCCCUGUACAAUACCUUGGUGGCCCGGUCAGAAAUGGUGUGCUAUUUUGUGAUCAUUCUUAACCACAUGAUCUCUGCCUCCAUGAUAACCCUGGUGCUUCCCAUCCUUAUAUUCCUUUGGGCCAUGCUGUCUGUUCCUCGGCCAAGCAAACGCUUCUGGAUGACAGCCAUUGUCUACACUGAGGUGGCCAUCGUCAUCAAGUACUUCUUCCAGUUUGGCUUCUUUCCUUGGAAUAAAUAUGUGGAUUACACAAAAGAUAAACCUUACCAUCCACCCAAUAUCAUUGGCAUUGAGAAGAAAGAGGGCUAUGUGCACUAUGAUCUUGUUCAGCUCCUUGCUUUAUUCUUCCACAGAUCCAUUUUAAAGUGCCAUGGAUUGUGGGAUGAAGAUGAGAAAGGGGACAGCUCCAGUAAUAAAGAGGAUACUGAUGAUGAGCUCUCUCUGACAGGAGGCAGGAGAGACUCUUCAGGCUCUAUGAAGUCUGUCAAUCUUGCAGCAUCAGUGGAGUCCAUCCAUGUCCACUUCCCCGAGCAGCAGACCGCAAUCAGGAGGAAGAGCUCUAGCAGUGCAUCACAGCUUUCUCACAGAUCCAGCUUCUCCUCACACAGAUCUAAGAGAGGAAGUACCAGUACAAGAAACAGCAGUCAGAAAGGAAGCAGCGUAUUAAGCAUCAAGCAAAAAUCUAAGAAAGAGCUUCUUAUGGAAAAGUUUCGAGAACAAAUGAUCAAAGCCAAGGCCUUUACAAUUAAAAAGACUCUCCAGGUGUAUGUGCCCAUCAGACAGUUUUUCUACAAUCUUAUUCAUCCAGACUACAGUGCUGUGACUGAUGUGUAUGUGCUGAUGUUCCUCGCAGAUACAGUGGACUUCAUCAUCAUUGUGUUUGGUUUUUGGGCUUUCGGGAAACACUCUGCAGCAGCAGACAUCACCUCUUCAUUAUCAGAGGACCAGGUCCCGGAGGCAUUUUUGGUGAUGGUACUCAUUCAGUUUGGUACCAUGGUGGUAGACCGAGCACUGUACCUCAAAAAGACUGUCAUGGGAAAGGUCAUCUUCCAAGUCAUCCUUGUUUUUGGAAUACAUUUCUGGAUGUUCUUUAUCUUACCUGGAGUGACAGAAAGGAAAUUUAGCCAGAACACUGUUGCCCAGCUCUGGUAUUUUGUGAAAUGUGUUUAUUUUGGCUUAUCAGCAUAUCAGAUACGCUGUGGAUAUCCAACUCGUGUUCUAGGCAACUUCCUCACUAAAAGUUAUAACUAUGUGAACCUGUUCUUAUUUCAAGGAUUCCGCCUGGUUCCAUUUUUGACCGAGCUGAGAGCAGUAAUGGACUGGGUUUGGACUGAUACCACUCUCAGUCUUUCCAGCUGGAUCUGUGUUGAAGAUAUCUAUGCUCAUAUAUUCAUCCUGAAGUGCUGGCGAGAAUCAGAAAAAAGAUAUCCCCAGCCAAGAGGCCAGAAGAAAAAGAAAGUUGUGAAGUAUGGAAUGGGUGGCAUGAUUAUCGUCUUGCUGAUUUGUAUUGUCUGGUUCCCACUGCUCUUCAUGUCUUUAAUCAAAUCUGUUGCAGGCAUCACGAACAAGCCUCUAGAUGUAUCAAUCACAAUAACUCUAGGAGGUUAUCAGCCUAUUUUUACAAUGAGUGCUCAACAGAAUCAGCUCAAGAAUUUGAAUCAGACUGAUUUCAAUGCGUUUCUGGGAAGCUAUAGGGGUAACACUGCUGCUUUGCAGUUUCUAGAGGGCUAUGGAAAAGAAGAUAUAACUCUUGCAGAUCUAGAAGGGAAUUCAAACUCCUUGUGGACCAUCAGCCCUCCCAGUAGAGAGAAAAUGAUACAGGGACUGCUGGAUUUUUCAGCUGAGUUCACUGUAGUUCUUUCAUGGAGCAUUCAAAGAAAUCUCACUCUUGGUGCCAAAGCAGAAAUAGCAUCAGAUAAACUUACCUUUGGCCUACCAGAGAAAACCAGAAGAGACAUUGCUACAAUGAUGUCUGGGAAGCAAUUGGAAAAGGUAACAUUAGAGACAGUGUAUCCAUACUACAUCAAGGCUCCUAGUGAUUCUCUGGCAAAACCCAUAAAGCAGCUAUUGACAGACUGCAGAUGGGAAAACAUUACGGUUUCCCUAGUCAAAAAUGUGUCUGAUGAGGGAGUUCGUGAGUGGUGGGUUUUGAAUCAGCUUGGGAAAAGAUACAAAACAUCUGAAGAGAGUCUUGAACUCUUCAUAUUCAGUGAUAAAGUCAGUCCACCAAGCCUUGGAUUCUUGGCUGGCUAUGGCAUCAUGGGACUAUACGCAUCAGUUGUCCUGGUGAUAGGAAAGUUCGUCCGUGAAUUUUUCAGCGGGAUCUCUCACUCUAUCAUGUUUGAGGAGCUACCCAAUGUAGACCGAAUCUUGAAGCUGUGUACUGACAUUUUCUUAGUACGAGAGACUGGAGAACUGGAACUAGAAGAAGACCUGUAUGCCAAACUAAUAUUCCUGUAUCGCUCACCAGAGACAAUGAUCAAGUGGACUAGGGAAAAAACUAAUUGA